GAGGAGGAGGAGGAGAAGCCGAGGAGGGCCCGGGAGCGGCGGGGCCGAGUCCAGCGGAGCGGGGACACCGCGGCUCCACCGGCGGACGCGAGGAUGAGGCAGCUGCUCGGCGUCCUGGCGCUGGUGACGCUCCUGUCCCCAGGCCUGGCCUGUCCCGCGCCGUGCUCCUGCUCCACCAAGAAGAACGGGCGGCUGCUGGCCGAGUGCGCCUACCGCGAGCUGUGGGACGUCCCGCGGGGCCUGUCCCCCAACGUCACCAUCCUCACGCUCUCCGCCAACCGCCUGGGCCGCCUGGGCCGCGCCUCGCUGGCCGAGGCGCCCGAGCUGCAGUCGCUGUGGUUGGGCUACAACCACAUCUCCCUGGUGGAGCCCGGCGCCUUCGCGGCCCUGCCGCACCUCAAGAACCUGGACCUGAGCCACAACCGGCUGGCGGAUUUCCCCUGGCAGGACCUGCGCAACCUCAGCGCGCUGCAGAUCCUCAAGCUCAGCAACAACCGGCUGGCCGCCGUGCCGCGCGGCGCGCUGGCCGGCCUGCGGGAGCUGCGCUCGCUGUGGCUCAACGACAACGAGCUGGCCACGCUGGCCCGCGGCACCUUCGAGGGGCUGCCGGCGCUGGCGCAGCUGCAGCUCUUCCACAACCCCUUCAACUGCUCCUGCAAGCUCUUCUGGCUCAAGGAGUGGGCGCACGGCACCUCGGUGGUCCUCUCCAGGGCCGGCUCCACGCUGUGCGCCGCGCCGGCACGGCUGCGGGGCCGGCCGGUCACCGACAUCCCCGGCGCGCUCUGCGUGCCGCCCUCGGCCCAGCUGACCUACCUGUCCGGCCCGGCCGCGGCCGGCCCUCGGGACGGGCUGACGCUGACCCUGCACUGCAGCGUGGCCGGCAGCCCCCCGCCGGAGAUCCGCUGGCAGAUCCGCACAGCCGGCCGCCGCGUGGACAUCCACGGGCCCACGGUGGCGCGGGACGGCGGCGCCAAAGCGGGCCGGCAGCGCUUCCUGGCCUUCAAGAACGGCACCAUGGCCAUCCCCGACUUCGGCAAGGAGGACGAGGGCACCUACACCUGCCUGGCGGUCAACGACGUGGGGACGCGGGACGUGUCGGUCAACGUGGCGCUGGCCGGCUCGGCCAACCCGGCCGAGGAGCUGCCCCGCGACGACCCCCAGGCCGGGCACCCCGGCGGGCACAGCUGCGCCAAGGGGGACGAGCUGGACCCGUCCGGGAUGGGCGAGAAGUUGGUCAUCGUCUACCGCGUGUCCGGCCAGGCCCGGAGCGGCGCGGGAGCCCGGGAAUUCCGCCUGGGAAUUCUGCCGCUGGCUCUGGGGCUGCUGCUCUGGUGAAGGGGGAGCGGCGCCUCGGGAUUCCCAUUUUUCCGUAGUUUUUCCUCUCGUAGUGCCUUUGCUGAGCUUCUGGCAUCCGGGAGCGCUCCGGAGCCCGACGGGGCCACCGCAGGCCCAGGGCGGGUGGUCCAGCCCUUGCCGUUCCCGUUCCUGGAGGAGCUCAGGGAACGUGGGGCGGAUCCAGCCCGGAUCCAGCCGGGAUCUGCCACCAACUCCCAGCUGUCCCAACGUACCACUUCCCGCUUUUUUCCCUGCCCGGAUCCGAGGGCAGCUGCGGGAGGUGACAAUGGUGACAAUCCUGCCCCAGAGCCACCACGGCUGCCACUGGGGAGGCAUCCAAGGAUAAAAUCCCUGGGAAUGGGGUCCUGGGGGACACGGAUGGGACAGAGGAUAGGGAUGGACCCACAGCCUUGAAUUGGGAAGAAAUUCCUGGGUUUUGUCCCUGUAGGAGCAUCCCGAGCGCCUCCAAGGCCCUGGAAUGCCGCAGGAAUCCUAAAAUCCCCCUGAUCGCCAUCCCAAAAACCCAUCUGGGCUGGACACACUGGGCUUGAGCCAAAGAUUCCCAAAGCCUUCCCGGUGGGAGUGGGGGAAAGAUUGGGAACAGCAGAGAAGCUGAGCUGCCUUGAAGCCAUAAACGGUCUCCGAGUGCCCCAGAAUUCCCGGCGGGACAAAUAUUCCUUAUCCAGGUGUCCCAGGAAACCCUCGGGGGAUUUUGGGAAUGUCCAUGGCCCCCAGACUGGGAUACAGCACCGGAAUUCCCAGCGGGAUCUGGGCAGGCCCUGCAGCCCCCUGGCCUUGUAACGCCCUGUAGGGACAGCAAUAAAUGCCUUUAAUUAAUGCCUUUAAUGAAUGCCUCUAAUUAAGAAAUACCCAUCAUAAACUCCUGUAAUGAAGAAACGGUUUUAUUACACACCUUGAAUUAAUAAACACCUUGAGUUAAUAAUGACUUUUUUAUAAACACCUUGAAUAAACUCCUUUUUUUUUAAUCUAAACCAGCUGGGCUUUGCUUGCUCUGUGCAUCCCAAAAUCCCAAAAUCCCCCCGAGCCGGCGGCUCCUGGGCUCCCCUGGAUUGUGCCCAACCCUCCUGGAUCAGGGGACACUUCUGUCAUUCCCAGCCAUCCCAGACCCUUCCCAGUGACGGAGAAUCCCCCGACCCUUCCCAACUCUGGAGCAUCCCAAGAUCCCCCAAAUUUCCCUGUUCCUCCCUCUCCCCAAACCUGGAAGGAACCCCCACAAUCCUGGGAUACCCCAAAAUCCCCCCCUGCAGCAGCCCGGGAAUGGAAGUGACCCCAAAAUCAGAGCCUGGAGCUCUCCAGCACUGAAAUUCCUUAUCCAGAGGGAUUAUAGGGAAAGGGCGUCCCAGGUCCCUGUGGGGAGCUCCUGGAUUCCCAUAAAUUUUUCCCACUGUGGGAUAAAAACCGUGGCCCCAAUGGAAGUGUUGGGUUCAUUCCACCCAGGAAUCUUACUUUUGAACUCCAUUUUAUCCCUGGGAAUAACGGGAUCCGGGAUUAUUCCUGAAAUUCCAGCUGGGAAGCGGGGAUGAGGAUGUGGAUUUGGGGUUUCCGGGUGAGCCAGGAAGCAACAGGAAGGGGAAGAAAAUCCCAAAUCCCGCCCAGGGCGCUGCUGUUAUCCCAAAAACCACACAAAUUCCAUGGAUCUCCAGGGAGCCUUGGGUGGGGCUGUGGAAACUGAUCCCAAAAUUCAGCCCCGCCCGUAGCACGGAACUGCCACAGAUUUUAGGGAUUUUUAAAGGGAUUUUGGAGAUUUU